AUGGACCAACGUCACAUCAAUGAAAAAGGGAUGUCGAUCCUUGUAACCGCCCUGUUUAUAGUCGGUGAAACCGCCGGCGGAGGCUUAAUUGCUCUUCCAACGGCAAUCGUGAGCACUGGUGCAGUUACUGGAGAAUUUCUCCUUUUCCUCGCUGCUAUUAUAUGCACGUAUACUGGAACGUUGUUGGCUGAAAAUUGGAUAAUCCUUCAAGAAUUGUAUCCUGAAUACAGGGAUCAUUGUAGAAAGCCGUAUCCAGCUAUGGGACUUCGAGCCAUUGGACCAAAGUUUGCUCAUUUCGUCUCCGCCAUCCUCCAAGUGACUCAAUUCGGAACUGCUGUUGUUUUCGUGCUCCUCGCUGCCAAAAACGGAGAAAACAUGCUCCACGCAAACUUUGGAACUCAUGUCAGCUUCUGUUACAUGAUUCUUAUCGUCGGACUUCUCGUCUUCCCAUUUACUCUUCCUAAAUCCCCCAAAGAUUUCUGGUACGCUGUAGUCGCUGCUAUGAUAUCAACUACAGUAUCCGUAGUUUUAAUUAUCAUCGGAUCAGUGAAAGACUACGAAGUUUGCAAUAAGGACGUCUUCUAUCCACCAUUCAAUCUUCCAAAAACAUUAAUGUCUUUUGGUACAAUCAUGUUCUCUUAUGGAGGUCAUUGUGCAUUCCCAACUAUUCAACAUGACAUGAAAAAGCCACAUCAUUUCUCCAGAAGUGUCAUUAUUGCAUUCAUCAUCAUCUUCAUAUUCUAUUUGCCAGUUUCAAUGAGCGGAUAUUUUGUCUAUGGAAGUUCCUUGACAGAUUCAAUUAUUCCUUCUAUUCAGAAUAUCAACAUUCAAACUACCGUAAAUCUCUUAAUCAGUCUUCACGUCUCUCUGGCUCUCACUAUCACCUUCAAUCCAUUGAAUCAGGAAUUCGAAGAGGUUUUGAAUAUGUCUCAUGACUUUGGCUGGCAACGAAUUGUGUCCCGUGCCCUUGUUAUGAUCUCUGUUGUCUUCGUUGCCGAAUCGGUUCCAAAUUUCGGAGUGCUUUUGGAUCUUGUCGGAGGUUCUACAAUCACUUUGAUGGCUUUGGUGCUUCCAAUUCUGUUCAAUUUAUCACUAACCACAAUUCGUAAAAAGAGGGAAAAUAAGGAGGAAGAGGAGAACAUCUCAUUUAAGGAGAUUUUCCAAAACUCGGAUAAAAUCAAAUUAUUGGCGAAUAUUUUGAUUUUGGUAUUCGCAACACUGGGCGGAGUGGCUGCUACCGUAUCCGCAAUGCAGACAAUGCUCCAAAGUGAAUUCAGUGCUCCGUGCUACGCGAAACUUUGGAGUGAAGAAGCACAACUUUUGGAACAACAAAGACAGAUGACUUUUGAACACGGUAAAAUCGCGUGCUGUGGAAUGUUCCGGAACAUCUCUGCGAUGGGAUCCGAGAUUUGUCUCAAUGCCGCAUCGUUAGUCAAAGUUGGAGCUGAAUCUCAUGGAUAA